UCACAGUUUUGUUUGGCCCAGGUCAUCAAUUUAUUCCAAUACGCCCCUGUUGUCUACAAAUUCUUCCCCCUUUCCAAUUCGGAUUUACUGCUUCUUUUACCGCUAUGUUUUUAAUUUCAUUGGAUAGGCUUAUUAGUGUUUUAUUUCCAUUAUGGUUUGUUAUUUCUACUAACCCUAUUCCUUUUCUCCCCGUUCCCUUGGGGGGGGGGGGGGGGGGCGAAGGCACGGGAAUAUCUCAACCAUUACCAGUAGUAGAGAGUAAAGACCGCCCUAGUAACGGCAAGUUUAGAUAA